AGGAUGGUCCCCCGGUGCAACGGCGGGCUGCUGGUGAUCCUGACGAUGGUGGGGACGGCGUUACUAGGCGAGGUGUCAAGCUUGGGCAGGGAUGGGCACCCUCGCGUGGACCUCAACGCUCGGAAAGAGUACUACAGGCAGAGGCUGAAGGAUGGGUGCAUCCAGCAUCCUCCGCCUCCAAAUCCACCACCCCUCCCGACGGUGCCCAACUCCUUCACCACGGACCUUGAGAUCGCCUUCCAGCGAGAAGACCAGCAGAGAAUUCUCUACGGCAAGGAAAUGUACGACGGUGUCGUGAAGAGAGGCGUGCUGGAUUACCGCUUAACUUGCGGGGAUCGUGCUGGACCGCCACCCUACCCUUUUUUUCCGGGGGUGAAACCACUUAACGUUCCCAUCGACGAGGCUCUCUUCAAACCUCCCCUAAAAAGAGGGCCCGCUUCCGUCAAACCCGGGGAGGAAAACUGCGGCCCCUAG